AUGCUCGAAGUGCCCGUGUGGAUCCCGAUCCUCGCGUUCGCCGUCGGCCUCGGCCUCGGCCUGCUCAUCCCGCACCUCCAGAAGCCGUUCCAGCGCUUCUCGACCGUCAACGACAUCCCGAAAGAGUUCUUUGAGCACGAGCGCACACUCCGCGGCAAGGUCGUCUCGGUCACGGACGGCGACACGAUCCGCGUCCGACACGUGCCGUGGCUUGCCAAUGGCGACGGUGACUUUAAGGGCAAGCUCACCGAGACCACGUUGCAGUUGCGCGUCGCUGGCGUUGAUUGCCCCGAGACAGCCAAGUUUGGACGCACCGGGCAGCCGUUUGGCGAAGAGGCAAAAGCAUGGCUUAAAGGCGAGCUGCAAGACCAAGUCGUGAGCUUCAAGCUCCUCAUGAAGGACCAGUACAGCCGCGCAGUUUGUUUGGUCUACUAUGGGUCGUGGGCGGCGCCAAUGAAUGUCUCGGAGGAGCUCCUGCGCCACGGCUACGCCAACAUCUACCGCCAGAGCGGCGCUGUCUACGGCGGCCUCCUCGAGACCUUUGAGGCGCUCGAAGCAGAGGCCCGCGAGAAGCGCGUCAAUAUCUGGAGCCUCGACAAGCGCGAGACGCCUGCGCAGUACAAGGCCCGCAAGUAG